AUGGCUGAAGGAUCAGCUCUCCGGAAAUCCCCACCUCGAGCGCCCCCUUUACCGCCACAACCCACACGGGAAGAACAAGAGGCUGUGCGCAGGCGCUAUGAGGCUCAGGAAAAAAUAGUGCAGGCAAACAUGGCCGACUAUGCAAGUGUGUGUCGACAGAAAGAGAUGCAAUUCCAGUUAGUUGGCGCCAUAGAGAACGAGGAUAAAGGUCUCAUCCGGGCACUAAUUGAGGAAGGCGUAAACACGAAUGCCGUCAUCCUCUUCACGCGCACUCCGCUCGUGCACGCGCUCGAGGACGGUCAUGAAGACAUCGCCAUCGUUCUCACGCAAGGGGGCGCAGAUGUCAGCAUGGCGGAGAGGACGUUUCCAUAUCGAAACCCUGUUCACAUUGCCGCUCUGAACGGAAUGGUAAAGGCCCUGCAGGAACUUCACGAUCACGGCGCGGACGUAGGGGCCCGUGAGGCCACAGCCAUGUCGCCCUUACAUUUCGCUGCAUGGCGAGGUCACUUGGACACUGUAUCCUGGCUCCUACAAAAUGGCGCAGACAAAGACGCCGAGGAUGACUUCCGUCGGACGCCAUUACAUCGUGCCGUGGAAGGUAACCAUGGAGAUGUGGUUGACGCCCUUUUGUCCGCGGGGGCGGACGUAAACAGAGCGGACCGUUUUAAUUGGACGGCGUUGUUUCAUCCAGUCAUUUGUGACAAACCGGAUAUGGUGCAUUUGCUUCUAUCGCGUGGAAUUGAUGUAAACACUGUCAGCAACACCGGAAACACGCCUCUUCACGCUGCGUGCGCACGACUUCGGCCCGUGAUUACAAAAAUCCUGCUAUCGGCCUCUCCGGAUCCGGUACGGAGACGAAAACGGAUUCCCUUUCCAGAUUUUGAGGAAGAUCUCGCACGCGGAGAUUUUACUAGCCGGUUUGAGAUCAUUGAAGCUCUGGUGGAUAAAGGUGCUGAAGUCAAUAUCCUAAACAAUGAAUCGUUCUCGCCACUUUACUUAGCUCUCUUUUUCGGUUAUAACAUCAGACUUGUAGAGUUUUUGGUGCAUGCUGGUACAAGGCUGAACAACGAACCGUGGCUGAACCAGGAAAUUUACCGCUCUGUUGCUGUCCAAAAAGGUUUCUCGGAAAUUCUUCAGUGGUUAGACUGCUGCAGACUAGAACCGCCAUCUUUGACAAAAGAAUGCAGAUACGUUAUCCGGAAGUCUUUAGGACGGGGCAUCCGUGCAAAAAUUACCCAUCUUCCACUUCCGGAGAAACUCAAGAGCUAUCUGAAUCUAGAAGAGUUUUAUGUCACUUAAUUACG